AUGCUGUACGGUUUGGCGGGGCUGCUGCCUAGUUCCGGCAUCGCAGUGGACUCUACCUUCAUAAAAUGUCCCAAAAAACCUGUAAAACGGUUAAUCUCUCAAAAACCAGCCCCGCCUGAUUGUCCCCUGGGCUCCAUGGCGCGGACCCCAGUUCUGCCCCAGGUCCACCUGCAGACGCAGCAGGAGGUGAAGAUGCGGAUGAUGGGGAUGGCGAUGCGUGUGAUCCGCACCGACGGCUUCCUGGCUCUCUACAACGGGCUCAGCGCCUCGCUGUGCCGGCAGAUGACGUAUUCCUUGACUCGCUUUGCCAUCUACGAGACCGCGAGGGACCGCUUGGGCCAGGGCAGCCAGGGGCCUCCCCCCUUCUACCAGAAAGUGCUGCUGGGUGCAGUGGGAGGUUUUACCGAGGGCUUGAAGAAACUCUUCUCGGGAGCUACAAUGGCAUCCAGCCGAGGGGCCCUUGUCACCGUUGGGCAGCUCUCUUGUUAUGACCAGGCCAAGCAGCUGGUUCUCACGACUGGGUUGCUGUCAGACAACAUCUUCACCCACUUCCUGGCCAGCUUCAUCGCGGGCGGAUGCGCCACGUUCCUGUGCCAGCCCCUGGACGUGCUCAAGACCCGCCUCAUGAACUCCCAGGGCGAGUACCGGGGUGUUGCGCACUGUGCUGUGGAAACUGCCAAGCUCGGCCCCCUCGCCUUCUACAAGGGCUUCGUUCCUGCUGCCAUCCGGCUCAUUCCUCACACUGUCCUCACCUUCGUCUUCCUGGAACAGCUGCGCAAAUAUUUUGGGAUUAAAGUGAUCACCUGAGUAGGAAGGACCGGGACCCUGCCUCGCCCCAGGGGGGUGAGCAUACGGGUCACCGCUGAGAUCCCAGAACCCCUCUCUGCUAUCUGGGGCCAGUGCUGCUCCCCCUAUCCCUCGUCCCCACUCCUGUGCCUUGCCAGUGCCUGUGGCCAGCCAGUCCCAGACUCCCCUUUCCUCUCUCACCCCUGUUCUCAGCACCUCCGUUACCUCUGGGAUAUUCUUGGGCCUCUUGUCCCCUCCGCACUGUUGGCUUGGGGUUUUUUUUGCCGUCUUCCCACUGCCCUACUGGCCACGAGUUCUGCCCUUGCCUCCCUCAGCCCUGUCUCUUACGGGCCUCCGGGAGCAGGACUGCGCUGUCCUGGGGAGGACAGGGGGGAUCUGGUCACAGAGCCUACGGAGCUGAGGGCUGGUGGGGCCAGUGCCCACGCUGCGGC